AUGAAAAAGCAUUCCACCAGUCUGAGGGUGAGACUGCCUGUCCUGGUGCUGGUCCUGGAGGUUCUCCUCCUAGCCCUCUACACUGCCUUUGUCACCUAUGACAACGAUGCUAAUGCUAAACUGCAGAACAAUGAGACCAAACCCAUGGACAACGCACUGUACCGAGAUUACCCAUACUUUGCUGACAUUCAGGUGAUGAUAUUCAUUGGAUUUGGGUGCCUUCUGGCCUUCUUCCGUCUCUACGGCUUCAGUGGGAUGGUCUUCAAUUUCCUGACGGCCACCUUCGCCAUCCAGUGGGCCAUCCUGGUACAGGGCUACUUCCAGUUCAGCCAUGCUGGGAAGAUCCACCUGGGGGUCAUCAACCUGAUCAAUGCUGAGUUUGCCUGUGCCGUGGUGCUUAUUUCCUUCGGGGCUGUCCUGGGAAAGACCAGCCCAGUGCAGCUCCUAGUCAUGGCCCUGCUGGAGGUCCCAGUGUUCUCAGUCAAUGAAUGGGCUGUGCUCAAGUACCUGAGGAUCAACGAUGCAGGGGGAUCCAUCCUCAUCCACCUGUUUGCCUGCUAUUUCGGCCUGGGUGCAACAUUUGUCCUGUACAGGCCACGUCUGAAUGAGGGUCACGCCAAGGAGAACACCAGCUACCAGUCAGACAUCCUGUCAGUUAUGGGCACCCUGUUCCUCUGGGUGUUCUGGCCCUCCUUUAACUCGGCUCUAACCCUGAAGGGAGACGACCAGCACAGGGCCAUCCUGCACACCUUCAUAGGCCUCAGCUCCUCCACCCUCACCGCCUUUGCCCUCUCUGCCAUGCUCAACAAGAAUGGCAAGAUUACAAUGGCCGACAUCCAGAACGUGACCCUGGCGGGCGGGGUGACUGUGGGGGCGUCGGUGGACAUGAUGAUCUCCCCUGCGGCUGCGUAUGCGCUGGGUGUGAUGGGCUGCACCGCCUGCAUGCUGGGAUACAAGUACCUCAGCCCCUUCCUGGCCCGCCACCUCCGGAUCCAGGACCAGUGUGGUAUCCACAACCUGCAUGGCCUCACAGGACUCAUAUCCUGUGCCGCAGGGAUAUGUGCCAUCUUGACAGCCACUGAGGAGGUGUAUGGACCCAGCAUGUAUGAGAUCUUUAGCCACAGGGCACCUAUGGAAGGAGAUCCUAAGCUUCUGGAGCUCCAGGAGUUGAUCCCUGGUCUGCAGCCAGGUCUGGGACGCAGUGCCAGGGAACAGGCCCUCUACCAGGUGGCAGCUGUGUUCUCCACUAUGGGAGUGGCAGCACUAGGGGGCAUAUUGACAGGCUUUGUGUUGAAGCUGCCGUAUCUCGCAUCACCCUCAGAUGACCUCUGCUUUGAUGAUGAGCUAUUUUUCAAUGUUCCGCCUCAUUAUGAUUGUCCGAUGGCCCUAAAUGGUCAAAUCAAAACUGACGAUUCGACAGCAUCAUAGGGUGCUAGCUAUGCAUUUAGUUGUAUGAAUAAGUUUAAUGCUGAAUGACGGUAAAAUUUAAAUUGAUUAGAUAAUCAUGCAGUUUAGCAAUAGAAUAGAUCCUCAUUCAUGGUUAAUGUACUCUGUGAUCCAUUUCUCUUUCUUGCACUUUUUUAUUUUACAAUCCCACACAAGAGAGGUUUUAUGGACACAAACUUGGUUUUGUAACCAAAUUAACCAUUGGGUUUGUAUUUGUACUUAUUUUAAGAUGUUAUAGUAUGCAAGUCUGUGUCUCGCUGCCUAAUGAAAUCCAUUUGUCUAUUUUUAGUGGUUUGUAAAAGUGUGUCAUCUCAUGUAAUGACAUACUGACUACAGUAGCCUCACACACCUGACUGUUAAAUGUAUUGAGGUCAGAGGGCUUUUGUUUUCAAGUGUGGUACAACAUUGGUAAUUUUUUGUCAAAUUACCUGAGAAUGAAUACAAUUUUGCGGUUAGCAAAAAAAUUGCAGAUGUGGGCACUCAAACCACAUGAUUAUAUAAUUCAUACAAUGUACAUUAACAUAAUACAGAAUAUUGACACAUCCACAUUCACAUAAUACAGAAUAUUGAC